GCAGAGCCGAAGCGGUGCGCGUUCUCGUGGCAGCUGCGGGGACGGACGGUGUUGAGAGCGCAUCUUUUGUAAAAUUAAACACAUACAUUCGAAAGAUUUCCGCAAAAAUGUCCGAAGAUAAGCCCAAGGAGGGAGUGAAGACGGAGAACGACCACAUCAACCUGAAAGUGGCGGGGCAGGACGGCUCCGUGGUCCAGUUUAAAAUCAAGAGGCACACGCCGCUCAGCAAGUUAAUGAAAGCAUACUGCGAAAGACAGGGAUUGUCAAUAAGACAGAUUAGGUUUAGGUUUGAUGGACAGCCAAUAAAUGAAACAGACACUCCAGCCCAGCUGGAGAUGGAGGACGAAGACACUAUAGAUGUAUUUCAGCAGCAGACGGGCGGCUCCCGCUAAACUCCUCCGUCCAAACGGCCGCGCGUGCAACUGGUUUAUUUUGACUCGUUUUCCUCCAAACUCGUAAUCCGUGCUUUUUCUGUUCCCCUCUUGUCAGUUUUCUUGGAAUGCCCCUCCUAGGUUUCAUAGGGUGGGCCUCUGCUCCUCCCCCUUUCUUUCUCUCUCGAUAUUUAAAUAUAUCUGUGAGGCGGCAUGCCAACUCGGAGGCAAACCUAAGAUGGCUGCCCUGGGCAGAAUUCAAAAUGGCCACAGCCAUGCGAACUGCCUGUUGCAUCUCCUGAUGUAAUGGAGGCCACAAAGCCAGGCCACGGUCGCCUGUGCAUUCCCACCUCUACUAAAGAAAUGCUCCAUUCUCACGUUGGUAUGAAUUCUGCAGGAGAUGUCCCCGUUUCCCGGUCUCCCAUGCAGUUUUAAGUGUCUAGAUUCUAUUUUGUCUCAUAGCUAAAGAGAUGCCCAUAAUUCUGAUAUUAAGCUUUGAUUUUUACUGCCUCACCCAUAAACUAACAAAAGGGCCAAGAUUGAACUGAGUCUCCUGCCCCUUCUGACUCACCACCAAAGCCUGCUCUCACCUCCCAGUCAACAGUGAUGAUGAGGUGCUGGACCAAACUCCGCAGAUGUUCCCUCAUUUGACAGCAAAACUCCAGGUCUCCAUACGGGACAGUCGACAUCAAACUUUUGUCCCUUUUUGGGUUUCUUUUUAAAUCCCCAAAGCAAUUACCUCCAAGCAGACGGGGUUUUGCGGCUGUCUGUGGCAGAAGUAUACUUCUCACAGAAGGGACCUUAUUUCCUGUUCCAUCUUUUUUUGCUUCCUGCUGGCUGGUAUCCAUGGGUCAGUCUGAGUAAGCAUAUGAAUGCUCUCCUCUUUCUCUUCUGAUUUGUACAUUAUUUGUUGUUCUUUACUACUGUAUACAAUAAAUAUAGUUUGGUACACAGAG